AUGUUCGUUGAGUCGGCAGGUUCUUCAGAAAUACUGUUGUAGAUAACAAAUCCCACAGUGCACUCUGCAUCCUUUCUUCACCUUCGAUUCUCAAUUUCCUCUCCGCCAUGGCCUCCGGCGCCACCCUUCUCACCGACCUCCCAUUCCGGCGCCCUUACCCUCCCACUCUGUUCCGCCCCUCUAACAUUCCUUCUUUCCACCCACUCCACAUUUCUAUCCGAAUCAAUCACCUUCGCCCCAAUUUCAGAUGUUCAAUCGCCGAGCGCUCCACUACUGUUUCAACAUCUGAUGUCUCUGGUCAAUCUUCCAGAGUGGAUUGUGUGGUCGUUGGUGGUGGGAUUUCCGGCCUUUGCAUCGCUCAGGCACUUGCAACAAAGCACCCUGAUGUUGCACCUAACAUCAUCGUCACAGAGGCGAAGGCUCGCGUUGGAGGCAACAUCACUACGGUUGAGAGAGAUGGCUAUCUCUGGGAGGAAGGGCCUAAUAGCUUCCAGCCCUCUGAUCCUUUACUCACUAUGGUGGUGGAUAGUGGCUUGAAAGAUGAUCUAGUUCUGGGAGAUCCGGAUGCACCUCGAUUUGUAUUGUGGAAGGGAAAGCUCAAGCCAGUACCUGCGAAGCCUAAUGAUCUACCUUUCUUUGACCUGAUGAGCCUUGGUGGAAAAAUCAGAGCAGGCUUUGGUGCACUGGGCAUUCGCCCUCCUCCUCCAGGUCGAGAGGAAUCAGUUGAAGAAUUUGUUCGUCGGAACCUUGGUGAUGAAGUUUUUGAACGCUUGAUAGAGCCAUUUUGUUCUGGCGUAUAUGCUGGUGACCCUUCAAAGCUUAGCAUGAAAGCAGCUUUUGGAAAGGUUUGGAAGCUAGAACAAAAUGGUGGUAGCAUUAUUGGUGGGACUUUCAAAGCAUUUCAAGAAAGGAAUAAAGCUACCAAGCCACCAAGAGAUCCACGCCUGCCAAAGCCUAAGGGCCAAACUGUUGGAUCUUUUAGGAAAGGACUUGCCAUGUUGCCAAAUGCUAUUUCUACUUGCUUGGGCAAUAAGGUAAAGUUAUCUUGGAAGCUAUCUAAUAUCAGUAAAGUGGAUGAUGGAGGUUAUAGUUUGACAUAUGAAACACCAGAAGGGCUAGUCUCUAUACUAAGCAGAAGUGUCAUCAUGACAGUCCCUUCUUACGUUGCCAGCACACUGUUGCGUCCAAUCUCGGUGAAAGCUGCAGAUGCACUUUCAAAAUUUUACUAUCCACCAGUCGCAUCAGUGACCAUAUCAUAUCCAAAAGGAGCAAUUAGGAAAGAAUGCUUGAUAGAUGGUGAACUAAAGGGGUUUUGUCAAUUGCACCCUCGCAGCCAGGGGGUGACAACUUUGGGAACUAUAUACAGUUCAUCACUUUUUCCCAAUCGAGCACCAGAUGGAAGGGUAUUACUUUUGAACUACAUUGGAGGAGCUACUAAUACUGAAAUUCUUUCCAAGACAGAGAGCGAACUCGUAGAAGUAGUCGAUCGGGAUUUGAGAAAAAUCCUCAUAAACACAAACGCAGAGGAUCCCAUGUUAUUGAGUGUGAGGGUGUGGCCUCAAGCCAUUCCACAGUUCUUGAUUGGUCAUCUUGAUGUUUUGGAUGCCGCCAAGGCCGGACUGAGAGAAGCUGGAAUGGAAGGGUUGUUUUUAGGUGGAAACUAUGUAUCUGGUGUGGCCUUGGGGCGAUGUGUUGAGGGUGCCUAUGAAGCUGCAACUGAGGUAGCUAGUUUCUUGUCUAAAAAAGUGUAUAAAUAGCUGUUUUUUUUGCUUUCUACCAUUAGGCAUGUGGAAACUGAUAGGCUCUUCAGAAGGAUGGCGAUGUUGCUGUGCUGCAGGUAUGGUUUUAGCUUGAUUUUGUCUUGUUUUAUUGGCGGCAGAAAAAUAGUUGUAAUUCGUUGAGUUCUCUAAAACUGUUCUUAUUGCUUGACUUUCAACGUUCCCCAGUAAUUUAAAAUCAAAGUACAGCUUGGAUUAUUGCAUAAACUGUGGAACCAUGAACAGUUACUUGUUCCAAACCAGUCCAUGGUUUCGGAUCAAAUCUGAAAUUUUUAAAAAUAGAAGGCGAUUGAUAAACAAACAAGUGAAAAGGAGGAACGAUGAUGAAUCUAAAAGGGUUUCUGAUUCUGGCAAUCCAAGUUGGGCCCAGUAUCGACAUUGAAGAGCUUAGCAUAUCUUUGGAAGAAGCCAAUUCGGUCGUUGACUCGGGCAUCGUUGGCAAUCCCACACUCAAGUCCGCCAUUGAUGAUGUUGGUCACUAGUCCAUAUCCUGCAGUUCUGUUUGCCUCUCUAUCGGCCUCUGUGGGAAUGUAUCGGCCGACCAUGACGUCGUGACACGAUGGCUUCGGCUUCUGCUCCGUCAUCCAGAACCACAGCGCUGUCUUGAACGCCGUCGUCGGGUCCUCUGCAACUCUCUCCGGGUUUCUCAGCCCGUCGAAUCCCAGUGCCUCGCCCGCUGGCCCGUAGUUGUCCUCUUCCUUUGUAGGACUUGCCGGGAGAGCAAGGCCACUGCUUAACACUAUCAUCACAAUAGUUACUUUGUGGACUGAUUUCCUCUU